AUGUUCGGAGACCCCAGUCGGGCUGGUGUCCACGAAUCGGAUGAUGAAGAUGAUUAUUUUAAACCAACCAACAAUAACAGUGGCAAAUCUACGCUGGCUAAAAUAUUCGGUCUUGCGCCAAAAGCUGCCAUAAGCAACACUGAUCGUGCGACUGCUCCAAAAGCACCGAAACCUAUAAAAGUUUCCGAUAGAUAUGGGCCUUCGAACUUCAGGUACAUUCCGUCCGAGCCAACCGGCGACGAAAUGGCAGAGGACACAACUAAGCCUUCUGAGUGGGUCAUCGUGCGGGCUUCCGUUGUCACGGCUUACAAACUAGUCGAUGGAGAUAACUUGUAUCUUGGUAAGGUGGGGUUAGCUAUGCUUAAGUCUACCAACGGCCACAGGCUCUUGCUGUAUCGUACGAAAACGGAUGUCCUUGGUACAGUCACAUUAAGCCGUGAAACAAAAGUGUUCGUGAAACAGGAUUACAUCCAGUUCCGCACAGAUGAUUCGAGCGAUUUCUGGAGCGUUCUGUUUGAAAGCGAACCUGACCGGCAAGCAAUGCUUGCUGUUGUCGAAGCUUGGUGUUGCGUUGAACGGGAACCACUGGUCGAGGAACCAAUGUCUGAGGCGGAAAAGGAUCCCGAGCCAUCGAAGCAAACCCGCACUGAACUUGCGGCGCGAAUGGCGCGGAUGGGUGGCCAGGCGAUGCCUUUACCGGAAAGAGCAAAAGCACCACCAAUUCCAAUGAAUGCUCCUGGUUCGGAUUCGUCCGAUACGUCCGAUUCCAAAAUAGAAACGAUUCCGGCAAGACCAAUUAGAAGACCUAAUGUGGUGUCGGCUCUUAACAUGCAAAUGGUUCCAUUGACCGGGAUGGUGCCUAAUAGCAACAUUCCUUCGUCUACGCUGGGCUCAACACAGCAGGGCACCUCAGUCGUUGCGGAUGUUAAUUUCAAUCUAAUCAUGAGCGAAAAUCGUAUGCAAAAUACGGAAAUGCGUAUGAACAUAACAAAACUGGAAUCUAAAUUAGAUCGCGUGCUCGAUCGGAUCGAUCUGCUAAGUUUACAGGGUUCGAGCGAUCGUUCCAAUUGCAGCACAGAAAAAGACGCAGAAGUGUUGGAGCUUGAGGAGAAACUACUAGAACUGAAGCGCGCCAACCAUGCGUUAAAAAGUAAAGUCCGUACCCUAGAAGAUGCAGAACGAAAUGGCAGACGGGAUGCGGACGCAAAGUUAGAAGAAAAAUUACAUGCGAUAGAGGAAUCGGAAAGACGGUUGAAGGCAGAUAUCGUUAUCCUAGAGAAAAAACUACAACUGAGCCGUGUGGAAGUUGAGCGUCAAAAGGAAAGGUUCGAGAUGUCGGAAAAGCAACUCGCUGACGUGAGGCAAGCGGAUACACAGAAGACCAAAGAUCUCGAAGAGGCACUAGGCCGAUUUGACGAAGUCCAUCGUGAACGAGACGAUUUAAAGGAAAAACUAAUGCAGGAGAGUCGUAGGUCGGAAGAGGCCAAAUUGCAGCUAGAGCAACUGCAAAAGGAAGUCGAUACAUUAAAGCAGUGCAACCAACGUGCAGCAUCCAGCAGCUCAUUGGUGAAGGACAUCAUGAACGGAUGCUAUCAGCAGCUCUGUGACCAAAUUACAGAUCCUCAAGUGCUGAGAAUUAUAGCCCAAACGAUCAAACGAGAAACAAAGGCAGCGCUGGAACGUGAGAGCAAUUAGCAAACGGUGUAUAAUAAUCGACAAGAUCUCUUCCA